GACGUACCGUACCGUAGCGUUUUGUGCCGCGCGCACCGUACACCCCAUCGUGCGUACCGUAAUAAUAUCACGUCGUCUCAUCCCUAUCGCGUUUUCGGUUUCUCGUGUCACGGUGACAGCGAUGCAGUCGCCGAGAUACAGUCUGUUGCUGGCGGCGAUGAUGGUGGCGGCCGCGGCCGCCCGGAUAAUCACCGUAAACGUGACGCACAUGUGCGAUGGUCCGCCGCCGUCGCCGCGGGUCACUGUCACCAAGAACAUCCCUCAGACAUCCGAAAAUAAUCGGUCUUCGUCACUGUUGACCGCGUCGGGCCUACAGUCGCGGCCGACGAACGCAGCGCGGCUACACAGUCGUCUACGCCCGUCCCCGUCUCACGCCCCGCCAACGGACUCGGUGCGGUUUGUCAGUCGUUCUUGUCUGCCUCUCGAGUUGAUGGAGUCCGGGGUGCGAUAUGCGAACGCUCCUUGUCCGCCGUCGACCACGACCGCCUACUCGAUCGACAAUACCUCGGCUCCGGCGCCGUUCCCCGUAUCGAUACGGCCGACCGACGGUCCGGUGGCCUCCAAGCUUCUGAUGCGGUUCCCCAGCGCCAAGCUCGACGAAAACGUCAAGUUGGAUCAGCCGGUGGACGCGUCACGGACCGAUUAUGGUGGGGCCGCGGCCGCCAUUGAUCCGUUCGGCGUCGGCACGUUGCUGAGCAGCAUGGGGCUCCGGUUCGUCGGGGUCGCUGAGUCCGCGGUCAUGUGGCACCCCGUGCCUGCCGAAUUGGCGCUCGACGUGUACGGCAACGCGUACAGCUGGGAAGUCGUCGCGAAAAAAGUAAACGUCCGCUUUGCCGUCUAA